UUGUGUUUGUCCUGUGCAGUAACAAUUUUAGAUAUUUGUAGUCGUUAUGUAUACAUGUGGAUGAUAAGCAAUUAUUGUACAAGUGUAUAGGCAACGAUGUAUGUUUACCAGUUUCUGACAUACCUUAAGGAUUAUUUAUUGUAGACAGUUAAAUUUUUUGUAUUUUGUCCAAUUUUCGUGAAAAGAAGUUAAUGUAAUUAAUUCGUGACCGACAUCAAGAUAUAUCAAUAGACCUAUGUUAUUAUGGAACUCGACGAAACAGCGCGCAAUGAGCCACCAGCACCUGCAUUACCUAAUCCUGUACAAAAAGCAGAGAGCCAUGAUUCUGACCAAAGAUACUGCUGGGUGUGCUUUGCCACUGAUGAAGAGGAUGAGAAUGCAGCCUGGGUGCAACCCUGCAACUGCCGUGGCACCACCAAAUGGGUGCACCAGGCUUGCUUGCAGAGGUGGGUAGAUGAGAAGCAAAAAGGUGGAAACAUGGGCAAGGUGUCCUGUCCUCAAUGCCAAACCGAAUACAUCAUAGUCUUUCCAAACAUGGGAACACUUGUGCUCAUUAUGGACACAGUUGACAGCUUCAUAUACAAGGGUUGUCCAUUUCUCGCUGCUGGCAUUGUUGUUGGGGCCAUUUACUGGUGUGCUGUGACUUAUGGUGCAAUAACUGUGAUGCAAGUGGUUGGUCAGAAGGAAGGUUUGACAGUGAUGGAACAAGCAGACCCAUUGGUUCUCUUGAUUGGUCUACCUGCAAUACCAAUUGCACUGAUUGUUGGCAAGAUGGUCAGAUGGGAAGACACUGUUCUGUACCUCAUUAGGAAAUACUUAUCCAGAGUGCCAAUUGUUAAACAUUUACUACCAUUUAGGGUGGAUGUGGGACCAAGUCUCAGCAAUACCAAUGAAGAGAUCCCACCGCUAUCAGACCCAAUUUCCGCAACGCGUGUGCUCUGCGGGGCCCUACUCAUGCCGAGCAUAUCAAAUCUCAUUGGAAAAUUCCUUUUUGAUUCGGUCAAAUCAAAUUUUCAUAAAACUAUGCUUGGGGGUGUAACAUUUAUACUGGUCAAAGGAGCUUUAAAGAUUUACCACAAACAGCAGCAGUACAUCCGCCAAUGUCAGAGGAAAAUAUUAGAUUACACAGAAGCAAAUAUUACCAUGUACUUGAGGCGGGAAAGGCCUUGAUUAGUAUAGUGGAGUAAAAAAGAAAAAAAAACAGAAAACUAUUACAUGUUAGAAAUG